CGCCUCUGCGUCGACCGCAGCUCUCCUGCCUCUGUACUUAUUCUCAACGCCCAUCUGUCCCCUCUGCUGUCUUCUCGCUCUCUCACGACCUCAUCGCGUCCCCCGUCGCUUACGCCGAUCACCCACGACCUCUAUCACGACUGCCGUCAUGAGCACCCGGCCACCCCCACUGAGAGCGGAGGAGCGCCCUCCUGCAUACAGAAUGGUCACCCGUGUGUACAGUAGCAGCCUACGACCUGUAGUCAUAAUCCCAAGUUUCCAAGAUAUCAACGAAGACAAAGCGAAUGGGCAACCGAAGUUCGCCGUGUUUGACAUAGUACUUGGAACAAUAUACUCCGUGGCGUGCGCUAUCGAGGUGUUUGGUGUCAUCGCGGCUACUGUGCAACGGCUGCCUCUAGUACGACUCUAUGCCAUGCUCUCACUUGUUGGUUCCUUGGGUGUAGUGGCAGCCGGGUUCCUGCGCGUCGUCAUUCACUUCGUGUACAAGAGUGGGCUGAUUGACGAGUGCGAGAAGAUCGCACAAGGGGAGGGAAUCGAUAUCCGCUUCGGCAUCUGGUUCCACCACUUCAAGGAGAAGCUCACAGCCCCAGAAGCCCAAAAUUUCUGCAAUAGUGCUUGGAACAAGGACUCGCUCAGAGAGAUUCUCUUCCUCAUCUUCGAGAUCCUCUUCUCCAUCUUCUUCACUAUGAUCGCGUUCGCGUACUACCAUCAAGUGCAGGACCCCACCUCGGCCGCGAAUGUCCAGCGCGCCCCCGCCCCAGCCGGGCAAGGCUACCCCGAGCACUACAACCGCCCGUACGACUCCGACCCAUACGCCCCUUCAUACGCGCCGUACGACGCCGCGGCAGCCGCUGCGCCGAGCUACCAAGCCUACGCGCCACCCCCCGGCCCGCCUCCCUCCAACAUGGGCUAUGGGGACACGAAGGACCGGGAGCUGCGGGACGACGAGAGUGAUGUGACGAAGUUCGAUGACCCGUUCGCGGAUUUCGACACUUUGCCGAAGCAGCCGGCGGCGCACACGACGCCGACGCAUUGAGUUCGCGCUUGCUGUAUGGACUGGACAUUUGCUUUUCUUGUUGAAUAUGAUAUCUUUUCUUGUAUGGCUCAAUGGACUUGACUUCUGACUACGA